AUGGUCCUCUACUUCACCCCCGUCGGCGCGGACGAGACGAAGCACUCGCUGUACAUGGGACGGGACAAGGUGGAGAACGAGGACCUCAUCAAGUGGGGCCUCCCCGAGGACGUGUGGUUCCACGUCGAUAAGCUCUCGAGCGCGCACGUGUACCUGCGCGUCGCGCGCGGGGAGAGCAUGGACGACAUCAGAGAGGACGAGCUCGAGGACUGCGCGCAGCUCGUGAAGGCGAACAGCAUCGUGGGGAACAAGGAGAACAACGUCGGCGUCGUGUACACGCCGUGGUCGAACCUGAAGAAACUCCCGAGGAUGGAGGUGGGCCAGGUCGGGUUCCACGACCUGAAGCUCGUGAGGCGCGUGAAGGUGGCGACGCGGAAGAACGAGAUCGUGAACAGGCUGAACAAGACGAAGACGGAGUCGUUCCCGGACCUCGCGAUGGAGAGGGACGAGUACGACCGCGAGAUUCGCGAGGAGAAGAAGGCAGCCUAUCGCGAGCAGGAGUUUCGGAGGGUGGAGGAGGAACGAGAGAGGGCGGCGGAUCGAGAGGCGAGGAGUUACGACCGGAUCAUGGAUACGGACGCGAUGGUGAGCAACAAGGACAACGCGCAGAAGUACGCGUCGGUCGAGGAAGCGGAGGACGACUUCAUGUGA